AUGCAAAUGAGCUGUUGCCAUGCUGAGUGGGGAAGCGGUAUCGAGGAAGUGAACGGUGUAUACCAAAACACAGGUGUGCUAAUUAGGAAACUCGGGUUUUCGCCGAUUUUAUCAUCUUGUGGUGUCUCAAAGACAACUAAAAAGAUGUUAGCUAGUCAGCGCCAGCCGGAGCAGUUGUCGUCUGCGCUGAAGAACACAUCUGGGCACAUAAAGAACGACAUUCGCGAAGUUUUGGGGACAGGCAAUUAUUACGUGACCCCUCAGCUGGGUCAUCAAAUCGCCUCGGUAGACAGUGCUAUAAAUCAUCUACGCCUUGACGACAAUUUGAUGAGUAAAGAAUGGGGUAACAAGUUUGACCCUAAUGCAACAGCCUACCAAAAAUCAGCUGCUAUUGGUGGUAUCAACAAUGCAGGUGAAGCCCUGCAGCAGUACAAACAGCAGUUCAAUAAUGUCAACAUGACCAAACUGCAGGAGAAUCAGAUCAGAGAAAAUCACGAGAAGUCAAUGCGAGACUUUGAUGGUGUCAAACAGAAUCUGUUCCCACAAGCUCAAGCUGCACAUGACAGAAUUAAACAAUUUUGUGACCACAUCGGCGUAACAGAUCGUUACACAGGCUACAGGCAUAACCUGACAAGGGGCAGCAGAGACCCUGUUAAGCUUGGCUUUGCUUGGGUUGACCCAAAGAAGAACACAUAUAAUGCUACAUUGAAUACAGGCUGGAAUGCAAGAAGUAAUAGAAAUGUCAGCUUUGGUCCUAGGCCAACUGAAGAUACAGCAUUUGAAUCCUACAAAGGCCCAUCGUCAUGGCAACAGCAUCAGGGCAGUGCCCCAGGGGGGCUUCAUAUGAGUGCCCCAGGAGGAAUGCAGAGGGCUCAUACAGACCCUGGAUUUAGACUCUCAGGAAACACACAAGCCAAGAUGGCUUCUUCGCGCGUUCAGAAAAACCCUCUUGCUAAUGGCUGUGAUACUCGGGGGCUUGGGCCUGCUGUUUGGAGUGUCCAAGAACAAGCAGGUAUCAAUACAACCUUCCCAGGGAGAACUGAGUACAUGAAACGCUAUGUAGCUCCCCCAACAGAUAUACCCACAAGGGACUAUAUUGUCAAUCCUGUCGGGGACUUUAAAACACAUGGAAGACCACUGAUGAAAACAUACUUUUCACCAGACUCCACCGAGUACCAAACACGAUACGAGUGGCCAGAUUCAAAAAAGAUUGUAAAGCUACCAUGGCUUAGAAAAUAAAGCGUUGUCGAUAGAUACAUAUUGAUGAUUUCGAAAUUGUUGAGGGGGACUUUUCCCUGGGUAACCUUAUCGCCAUGGUAACUUUAAUUUAUUCUGGAAGUUUUGACAUGUAAGAACUGCUGCAUUUGCCCAUGUUGCUACAGUCAUAUUUUUGUUACUAUCCCUAAAAGCUCCUAUCCAUAAAAAAUGUUUACCAUAAUUGUGAAUAUGUACCAUAAAAAAAUGUGUACUAUAAUUAUGAUUGAUCUCUUUUCACAGGAUAAUUUAUUGCUCAAGAAGUACCAGACUUUCAAAGGAGGUACUUCUGACCCAAAAUUCUUCAUACACAGAAAGUAUUCCAGUAUUCCAAUAGUGCCACAAGCCUAUAUAGCAAAUUAAUGAUAUACUAAUGAUAUCUGAAAUAUUGAGUUCUACAUCAACAAUUCAGAAUUUAGGAAAAACCCAUGUGUCAUUGAAAAAUGUGUGUCUUUGAUGACUUGAAAGAAGUGAAUAUGAUAACAAAUUUUACUCACUUUCAUGUUAAAAAUGUGUGCCAUUGUUUUUGUAUGUAUGUUUCAUUUAUAUAUUAUUUACAAUGUAUGUAC